AAACUUUUAUAAAACUAUUACAAAUAACAUAGUUUUGGUUGAAGUAUUCUAAGUUAGUUUAAUAACAGUGUUCGUGUCAGUGUGGUAUACGUAUUGUUUUUUUUAUUUUUUGUCUUGUUAAUCUUCCAACAUGGCAACAAUCGACCUUGAAACUGAAGACAAAUUGGAAUACAACUUCUAUCCCGUAACAUCGGGAUCGUUGACCUUUAAAAUUCGUGCUCCACAUGAUGCACAUGUAGCUCUUACUUCCGGUCCAGCAGAAUCCGACCCUAUGUAUGAAAUUUUUAUUGGAGGUUGGAAUAAUACCAAAUCGGUAAUUCGAAAAAAUCGUACUAAACCAGACGUUGCUGAAGCAGAAACACCAGAUGUAUUAAAUGGUGAAGAAUUCCGAGGAUUUUGGAUUAGAUGGAGUGGUGGUACUAUUGAAGCAGGGCAUGAAGGUGAUUCUUCACCAUUCCUUAGCUACACCGAUCCAGAACCUGCAGCAAUAGGAUACUUUGGUCUAUGUACUGGCUGGGGAGCAAGCGGUACAUGGAAAGUUGAUGGUCGUGAUGAUUUAGAGACUCCUGAUGCCCUUGAAUAUAAGUAUCAUCCUGUUCUUGCUGGUGGUCUUGACAUCCAAAUUAGAUCACCACAUAAUUGCCAUGUUGCUUUGACGUCUGACAAACAAGAAACUGAUCCUAUGUACGAAUUGAUAUUGGGUGGUUGGGAAAAUACUGCAUCAGCCAUACGUUAUCGAAGAGAAAAACCCGAUAAGGUACAUGUUUCAACUCCACAUUUAUUACACGCACAAGAACCACGCCGUUUACUUAUUGAGUGGAAUAACGGACAUAUAACAGCUAGAGUAACGUCACGUCAACAUCCAAUAUUUUUGGAAUGGCAUGAUCCAAAUCCAAUUGGAAUUUCAUAUUUCGGAGUUAGAACAGCGUGGGGUGCAACUGGAAAAUGGCGUGUUAAGUCUUAUGACCCACGUGACGGUUUAUCAGGUUCAGCACAACCAUCUGCUCCCAGUGCCCCGGCACCAUCAGGCGGAGGAAGCGGCGCAGUAUGUUGGGUUCCAGCCAAAAGUGGCGAAGUUCCCCCCACUGCAGUACAAGGAGGACAGGAUAAUGGAGAACCAUUAUAUGUAGCUCGUGCACCUCAUGAAGGUGCAUUAAUUCCUGGUAAACUUGUUGCCAGUCAUGGGGUAGCUUAUGUUGCAUGGGGAGGCGCUGAGCAUGGUAAAGAAGAAUAUGAAGUGCUUUGUGAUUGUGCCUGCUCAUGGGUACCAGCAUCUGGCGGUCAAGUACCUGAAGGAGCAGUUCCGGGAGGACAAACAGAAGACGGAGAACCUUUAUUCGUCGGACGUGUUGAACAUAAUGGAUCUCUUACCGUUGGUAAAGUACAAAGCAGUCAUAGUGUUCUGUACAUUCCAUACGGUGGUGAAGAAUUAGGUUUUUCUGAUUAUGAAGUACUUGUUGUACAAUAAAUAUAUAUAUUGGUAAUUCCAAAAUAUGGACUAAAUUGCUUUUUUUUGGCACUUCAUUUAUUAGAUCUUAUUGUAUUAAUUAAAGAGAACUUUCGUUGUUUAGGCUUUAUUUCAUUUUUUUA